AUGGCUGAUGUCGAAGGUCUGUUGCGAACCAAUGCGGACGUUGAAGUUGCAAAUGCUCGAACCAGGGUGAAGAGUCCAAGGAGCCGAAUCGAAAGGACUCUGAAACUCUCAAAUAGCAGCAGAAGCAAAACUACCGGUCUCGCGCUGGUAGAACCAUUGGGCAUAGCAAUCGUUGUAUCGAACCUUCUUAACGGGCUUAGAGAUGAUAGCCUGAGGGUUCUCCAAAUGAACGAAAGGAACAUACAGUCGAGAAAGCAUUGUACAUUGGGUUUGGACUGGUCGCAGAAGCAACCAUUACUGGACAUACAUUGCCACCCGAUAAUGUUGUUCCCUGCCCUGGUUAACGCGGAAACGAAGACGAAUUUGUGGAUUAGCCAUCAAGUCAAGCUCCUUGAAAAUCGGAUGUAA